AUGUGUUUCUCGCCCAGGCCCGCAAGCCACCUCACUAUGAGAGUGUAUCUGGCCAAGUCGGAACUUCAACACAAGCGCAGAAGGUUGUUCAAAAGGCUCAAGUCCUGGAUCAACGCUCUCAACAGAGCUGGCCCUCCUCCUCUCAUCCGGCUGAGGAACCCGCCGCAGGCAGAGGCGGGUGCCUGA